AUGCGGGCCCUAAUAUCUCUCCUCUUCGCAACCCUCAUACCCUCCUCUCUCUCCUUGGCUCCAAAGCGCAUACACAGUUCUGUCGCCCAAGUUAUCACGUCCUGCGUGGAACCCAACACAAUCGCCCUGACAUUUGACGACGGCCCCUGCGCGUACACCGAGCAGGUCCUCGACUUACUGAGGGACUAUGACGCCCGCGCCACGUUCUUUGUCCUCGGAGAGGCAGCCCAGAAACAUCCCGAGCUCCUGCGCCGCAUGCAGGACGAACACCACCAGAUCGGCUCCCACACAUUCUCCCAUCCCAGCCUCCCCACGCUCAGCCACGAUGCAAUCGUCUUGGAAAUGACGCGGCUCGAGGACGUGCUGAUCCCGAUCAUCGAGCAGAUUCCGACGUACAUGCGCCCGCCCUACUUUGACAUCAGCGACGAGGUUCUCGCCACCAUGUCCGAGCUGGGAUACAAGGUUAUCACGGCUAGUAUUGACACAAAGGACUACGAGCACGAUACCAAGGACGGAGUACUUGUCAGCUACAACAAGUUCCUGAAUGAGCUUGACGCGGGCGGGAGCAUUGUCCUCUCGCAUGAUACGCACUACUGGACGGGAGCAAGCCUUGUCGAGCGCAUGCUGAUUGAGAUUUCGGAGCGCGGGUUGACGGCUACCACCGUCGGUGACUGCCUUGGUGAACCGUUGGAUGCAUGGUACAGGCCUGCUUAG